GCCGGGCUGUGUGUGUGGCUGGGAGGUGCCGGCUCUCUCGCACUCCGGAGCCCCGGGCUCUCUGCACUGUGUGUCGGCCUCGUCCCCGGGCUCUCCCGGCUCCUCUGCCCUCUAUGGAUUAUUAGUCACCCGGACAGGAAACCUCCGGCGGCACCAUGAAGAAGCAGUUCAAUCGUAUGCGGCAGCUGGCCAACCAGACGGUGGGGAGAGCCGAGAAGACAGAAGUAUUAAGUAAUGACCUUCUAGAGAUUGAAAGAAGACUUGACAAUGUGCGCUUGGUUUGUCACAAUGCCCACAAGAAGCUCCUUGGCUGUUUCCAGGGACAGCCCGGCACUGAUCCCGAUAAGAGAUAUAAAAAGCUUCCUCUUAUGGGUGUCUCUCAGUCCAUGUUGGAAGGAUGCGCCCAGCUUAGCGAUGAAACCCUUUUAGGGAAGACAUUGUUAUCAUGUGCAGAGGCUGAGCAGCGGCUGGCCCAGGAGCUCUCCUACCAUGAGAUCCAGAUUGAGAAAGAUGUACUGGAACCCCUAAACCAGCUGACUGAGGUAGAGAUCCCCAACGUACAGAAGCAGAGAAGGCAGCUGGCCAGGCUGGUGUUAGACUGGGAUUCUGCACGAGCAAGGUAUAACCAGACCCAGAAAUCUUCCACCACCAACUUCCAGAUGCAGCCUGGUAAAAUGGACUCUCUAAAAGAAGAGAUGGACGAGGCAGCCAACAAAGUGGAACAAUGCAAGGAUCAGCUAGCAGCCGACAUGUACAAUUUUGUAUCCAAAGAGGGAGAGUAUGGUCAGUUAUUUGUCUCGUUAUUAGAGACACAAGCAGAUUACCAUAGAAAAGCACUAGCUGUCUUAGAAAAGGCACUGCCCGAAAUCCAGGCCCAGCAAGACAAGUGGACGGAGAAGCCAGCAUUCGGGACGGCUCUAGAAGAGCACCUGAAACGCAGCUCGCGGGAGAUUGCACUUCCCAUUGAAGCCUGUGUGAUGAUGCUGCUUGAGACUGGGAUGAAGGAGGAGGGAUUGUUCAGGAUUGCAGCUGGAGCAUCCAAACUGAAAAAGCUAAAAGCAGCUCUGGACUGUUCCACCUCCCAGCUGGAAGAGUUCUACUCGGACCCACACGCCGUAGCAGGUGCCUUAAAGUCUUAUCUGCGUGAGUUGCCAGAACCUCUGAUGACCUUCAGCUUGUAUGAUGAAUGGAUCGCUGCUGGGAAUGUGCCGGACCAGAACACCAAACUACAGAGCCUGUGGGUUGUGUGCCAGAAUUUACCGAAACCUAACUUUGAAAACUUCAGGUAUCUGGUGAAAUUCUUAGCCAAGCUCAGUCACUACAGCGAUGUGAACAAGAUGACUCCCAGCAAUAUAGCCAUUGUGUUGGGUCCUAACCUGCUGUGGGCAAAGCAUGAAGGAACACUGGCAGAGAUGGCAGCCGCAACUUCAGUCCAUGUGGUGACAAUCAUUGAGCCUAUUAUACAACACGCAGACUGGUUUUUCCCUGAAGAUGUGGACUUUAAUGUAUCCGGAGCUUUUGUCCCGGCCACUCCAUCUUCCCACCAUAAUAACGUGUCCAGCGGAAAUGACAUGCCGUAUGAGUUUGGUCUUUUCGAGACCAAGAAAAGGCCGUUUAGCAUGGCCAUUGCGGAGGACCUCUUGAAAAAGGACAGUGGUGGCCUCAAAGUUCUGGACUUCCAGUUCAAUGUGAGGAGGGGAGGAACUUUAAACCGAAAACACGCAUCCCCUGCCUUUCAUCCGCCACUGCCACCCAAUGAUGGUGGGACACAAUCAGAGCCAGCUGGAACCCCAAUAGAUGUUACCACUGCUAACAGUUCUGCACAGCCAGCAGUCCAUGCAGAGCCUGUGUCGGCUCAUGGACAAGAAGAGGCCAGCACAAACAAGACCAAAGAAGCUCCUACAGCGACCACACCCCCAUCUCUACGGAAUGGAUCUCUCUCAGCUGCUGCAGCCAACACAAACCAGUUAGUGGGUGUUCCUGCGCAAGGUGGCGCCAACCCAAGUCCUCACUCCUCAAGAAAAGUUACUAAGAAACCUGCCCCAGCUCCUCCAAAGCCAGUAAUUGCCGCUCCUGUACAACCUGGAAAUCAGAAUGUGCCUAUUGCAGCUAAUACCCCUCCCUCCAUCUCACCCAAACCCUCCAGCCACGGCCAUAGUCCCUCCCCGCCAAACAGUACCAGUAAUCAAAGUGGAACAGGAGCUCCUGCUUCACACUCAUAUGGCACCUUACCACGCAGGCAUUCGGGUAGCCAGCCCUUCAUACAGGCACCGAACCAUCCUCCCCCGCAGCCACCCGCACAGCCAGCACCUCAGCCUAAGCCCACAAUUCAAUCCAUGGUGUCACCAUCCACAGAGUCAACUACAGAGCAAUCCUCCAGUCCCUCACACUCCCCAACACCACCAGAUACCCCUCCUCCCAUUGCAGAGCACCCAACUGCCCACGGCAUCCUGCCGGAAGCCACUCAGACCCACCCCUUGCCCCAGCAAAACUCUGGCACCCUUCCUCGGCCGCGGCCUGUCCCCAAACCACGUAUCCGACCGAAUGUCCCCCCUCCUCCCCAGCCCCCAACAUCUAAUUUGCCUGGAGAAACACAAUCACUAUCUACUUCGAAGUUCAUCACUGAUCCAAUAUUAGCACAGCCUGUCGCUGAUUCUGUGUGCCCAGUCCCCGUCGCAGACCCUCCUCAGCUGCCGGUCGCCCUUCUCGAUACCGAGGUCGAGAGCACAGCUCUGUAAAGGAGGCGGAAUCUUCUGCGGGGGCCCCACAAAGAUG